CGUUGAUUAGCCUGUCCUUCGGGGGAGCGGUGGGACUCAUGUUCCUGAUGCUUGGAUGCGCCCUUCCCCAGUACAACCAGUACUGGCCACUGUUUGUUCUGUUUUUUUACAUCCUUUCUCCUGUCCCGUACUGCAUAGCAAGAAGAUUAGUAGAUGACACAGAUGCUACAAGUAAUGCCUGCAAGGAGCUAGCAAUAUUUCUUACAACAGGCAUUGUUGUCUCUGCAUUUGGGCUACCAAUAGUGUUUGCCAGAGCAGAACUGAUUUACUGGGGCGCAUGUGCACUUGUUCUUACGGGGAAUACAGUCAUCUUUGCCACGAUCCUAGGAUUUUUCUUGGUCUUUGGCAGCAAUGACGACUUCAGCUGGCAGCAGUGGUGAAAGCAACAUAAGAGAACUAUCACAGGCAUCGUGUCAUGCAGUGGCCAUCCAUACAAAUGAGAGAAUGGGCAAUAAAGAGAAGUAACGUAGCAAGCCUCUUGAGUAUUCUAGAUGCUCCCUUUCACCUUGUUCGUUCUGAGUGUACUACUGUUGCUGACAGGGUUUCUACAUUUUUAUGAAGUGGAGAGAUGAUUGAUUUCAUUUUUACCUAUGGUAUGUUUUUAGGUGCUCUCUUGGUUUAAAAUUGUCAUCCUUCUGUCUGGUGUUUAUGUGAAGCUUUAAAUUUGGAACAAGAACAUUUAAAUACGGUUUCAAAGAAGAUUUAAAGUUUUGUUUUAUUUUUUUUUAAGUUAAGCAUUAAUA